UUCUGCUUAACUCUGCAUUUUGUGGCUUUUUGCUUGCUCCGUUGUUUCCUUCCCAUCUCUUGUCCUCCACCUGCAAGUGUCAGCUUCUCACAUUCCUCUACUUUCCUCCCACAAAACCAGAUCCUUUCACUUUGAUUUUUACUUUGGCUCUUUGUUCACAGCUAUAACUAAUGGAGAAAGCCCCCAUUUCCAAUUUCUCACCAUUCUGAUUAUUUCCCUUGCUCACAUCGCUUUCUUUUAUAUAUAUUCUUCUUGCUGUUUUUCAUUUCUGGGUCUGCUACCUUUUGUCUCUGUUCUUCUGUGAUUUGCUUUACUUGUCUGUUGAAUAAAAAGCAUGGCAGGUUGUGCUAUUGCUAUUGGCGCCUGUGCCAAUGUUUGUUCGGAGGCUGCGAAAGGCAUCUUUCAAGAAAUUAAACGUCAUAUGAGGUAUGUAUUCGUCUACAAGAAAAAUGUCGACAAGUUCGAGGGGAAAAUGAAGUUAUUGAUAGCAAAAAGACAAAGUGUGCAGCUAGAGGUUGUGACUGCAAAAAGGAACGUCGAGGAGAUAAAACCGCACGUCCAGCAAUGGUGCGAUAAAGUGGACGAGGCAAUCAAUGAAGAUGUGAAGAAAGUGAAGGAUCUUGAAGACAAAGCAAAGAACAAGUGCUUCUUUGACUUGUGUCCCAAUAUCAAGUAUCGCUACCAGCUUAGCAAGAAAGCAGAAGGUGCUGCCGCGGCUGUCGAUGAACUCUGGCAACAUGGUGGUGGAUUGGGCAGCGUAGGAUACCGUAAUGUUCCCGAAGUCCCAGAGGCUCCUAAAAAUUUUAGGGCUUUCGAUUCAAGGAAGGAGAUUUGUGACAGAGUUAUAGAGGCAUUGAAAGAUUCUACUACCAGCAUGAUAGGGGUUUACGGGACUGGUGGUGUGGGCAAAACCACACUAGUCGAGGAAGUUGCCAGACGAGUCCAAGAGGAUAAGUUAUUUGGUUCGGUGCCUAAAGCAACUGUUACUCGGACUCCUGACAUUAAGAAUAUCCAAUACGAAAUUGCAGAGUCAUUGGGAUUAAAAUUAAAUGAAACGGAGAGUGGGGGAGAGAGAGCACGUUUGUUGUUGAAAAGGUUGAAGGAAGAGCAGCAGAGGGUUCUGGUUGUUUUAGAUGAUAUUUGGGCGAGUUUAGAUCUACAGCAAGUGGGAAUUCCUCUUGGAGAUCAACACAAGGGAUGCAAGAUACUGCUGACGACAAGAAAUCGAGAUGUUCUAACCAAUGAGAUGGAUGUUGGGAGGAUUUUUGCGAUUGAUGUUUUGAAAGAAAAAGAAGCUUGGGACCUGUUUAAGAAGAUGGCCGGGGACGAUGUUGAAAAUCCAGAGUUACGAUCUGUAGCAACUGAGGUAGCCAAAAAGUGUGAAGGAUUACCCGUCGCCAUUGUGACAGUCGCAAGAGCUUUGAGAAGCAAAGAGUUAUAUGCAUGGAAGGAUGCUCUCGCGCAACUUCAGAGGCCUUCUACAAGCGACCGGCAAUCAGGGAUACCAGCAGCUGUAUUUUCAGCUAUAGAACUGAGUUAUAAUAAUUUAAAAAGUGAGGAACUCAAACAGACUUUCUUGCUUUGCGGUCUACUAGGCCAUAAUGCUCGCGUUCAAGACUUGUUGAGAUAUACCAUGGGUUUAAGUUUAUUUGAAAAUGUCAACACGGUAGAAGGCACGCAAAACAGAGUGUUAACUCUGGUAAGUAAACUCAAAGCCUUUUGCUUGUUGCGUGAUAGUUACAGCGAUGACCGCUUCGAUAUGCAUGACUUCGAUUGUGAUGUGGCCUUAGCAAUUGCCUCUAGGGACAACCACGCAUUUGCAUUGAAACAUAAGGGUGUUUUUGACCAUUGGCCAGAUGAAGAGAGGAUGAGAAACUUCAAAAUGUUUAGUUUGAGUUUUGAUAGUGUUGAGAAGCUUCCUCAUGAGUUGGAAUGUCCACAACUUACUUUUUUCAGUAUGGGUAGCAAGGAUUCUGACGUGGAAAUGCCAGCUAAGUUUUUUGAGAAAAUGAAAAAUCUCAAAGUCUUAGAUUUGCUUAAAAUGAAAUUUUCCUCAAUUAAUCUCCCAACAAGCCUUCGAGCAUUGUGCCUAAAUCAAUGUGUGCUGGGAGAUAUGAUCAAUCUUGGAAAACUCAAAAAUCUAGAAAUUUUUAGCCUUUUUGGCUGUUCUGGAGUAAUGCUACCUCAAGAGAUAGGGCAACUGACUAAGCUAAGAUUAUUAGAUCUGAGUAAUUGUCGCAAACUUAUAAUUCCAGCUGGUGUUUUAUCGAGUUUGUCCAAAUUAGAAGAAUUAUACAUUGGUACAAGUUUUGUUGAAUGGGACCUAGGAAGUAAUGCUCGGCUAGCUGAAUUGAAGGAUUUGUCUGGUUUGACCACUUUAAAUGUUUGUAUUCCUGAUGCCGAUGUUGUGCUAAAAGACUUGUUCUCUGAGAAAUUGCGAAGAUACAACAUUGUUAUUGGAUCUGAAACUGACUGGUAUGAGAGAAUUGAAUACUCGAGAAUCCUAAAACUCAAGGUGGGUACAAGCAUUGAUAAUUUGGGUGAUGGGGUUCUACGUUUAUUGAAGGAAACAGAAGCUUUACAUCUGAAGGGUCCAGAAGGUGUCAAGAUUGCUUUGAACAAUCGGGAAGGUUUUCUGCAUUUAAAACACCUUCACAUUGAAGAUGCUUGGGAAAUACAAUAUAUCAUAAAUGAUACUGAUGCAGUUGACAGAAUUGCAUUUCAGCAAUUACGAUCGUUGAAACUUUAUUUUUUACCGGAGCUCAUUGGCUUCUGCUCUAAAAACAAAUCAGGGGGCUCUACUUCCACACCUCAACAUGAGUCGGCACUAUUUGGUGAAGAGAUGGACUUCCCUUGCUUGGAGGACCUGUCUUUGUGGGGAAUCAAAGUUGAAAGGAUAUGGCACAAUCAAUUCUCAAUUAGAUCUGGCUGCACUCAGACUUUGACAAAUUUGAGCAUUAGUGAUUGUGACAACUUAAAACACCUAUUAUCAUUUUCUAUGGCUAAAAGUCUGACUCAUCUCAAAAGCUUUGAUGUAAUAGGAUGCAAGUGCUUAAGAGAGAUAAUAUUCACGGAAGAUAUAGAAGAAGAUAUGAUAGGUCAGAUUUUCCCUAAACUAGAAGUUUUGCAGCUUCACGAACUUCCCAAUCUCACGAGAUUUUGCCAUGGAAGUAACUGUGAAUUCCCUUAUUUUGAGACAUUCAUCUCCAAAGUUACCGUGGUAAACGAAAUUCAUAUUAUCCCUUCGAAGUGGCCAUCAUUAAAGAGAAUGAAGGUACAUGGAUGUGAUAAGGUGGAGAUAUUUGCUUCAGAAAAUCUUUUGAGCUUCGGAGAAUCAACAAAUCAGCAACCCUUAUUUUGGGUCAAUGAGGUUACAUUCCCCAAUCUAGAAGAAUUAACAUUGGAGGGAAAUGGCAUUAUGAAAGAGAUAUGGCAUGGACAACUUAGAGCAGAGUGUGAUGAAGGGAAACGAUGCAUUGUUUUUACCCGACUCAAGUCUUUGAAAUUAAGUUGUCUACCAACUCUGGCUAGCUUCUGCUUAGGGGAUCAAAUCUUUGAAUUCCCUGCCCUAGAGAAUAUGAUUGUGACAGCAUGCCCAAAGAUGAAGAUUUUUUGCCAAGGAGAUUUAAGCACACCACAACUGCGAACAGUGAUAUCGAAAGAAAGCAGGUGGUGGGUGACAGGCGAUGAUAGUAAAGAAGAAGGGUGGUGGGAAGGCGACCUUAAAACUACUGUAAAAUGGAUGUUUGAAAACAAGAUUGCAUACUGUGAUGUGAGACUCUCUGAUACUUCUGAGUUGAUGAAAAUAUGGAGUAGGAAUCCUCAAGAAAUUUUAACCUUCAAAUAUCUUGAAAAAUUAAAAGUUGAUGAUUGUAGCACCUUGAGGUUCCUUUUUACACUUUCCAUGGCUUUGGGCCUACCACAACUCCGUGAGCUGAUAGUACAAAAUUGCAUUGUGAUGGAACAUAUCAUCAUAGAGGAAGGAUCAGAUGAACAAGUGGCAAAUGAGACCGUGUUCCCUCUGCUACGCUCCAUAACUCUUGGAGAUUGUGCAAACUUGGCAAGUUUUAAUCAAGGAAGUAAAUCACCGGAGUAUCCAUCUUUGGAAAACGUUGAUGUGUUCGAUUGUCCAAAAAUGUUUACUUUUGCAUCUGCAUUUUCAAGAGAGCAAAGAAUAGAAAUCAUUGAUGAAGGAAAUACAACAAGGCUUUCCAAGGAAAUUGCUGAUAUUGUCUUUUUGGAUAACACGAUGGACUUCCCUUGCUUGGCGAACCUGUUUUUGAGCGAAAUCAAUGUUGAAAGGAUAUGGUCCAAUCAAUUUUCAAUUAGAUCUGACUACACUCAGACUUUGACAAGGUUGAGCAUUGAGAACUGUGACAGCUUAAAGCACCUAUUAUCAUCUUCUAUGGCAAAAAGUUUAGUUAAUCUCAAAAGCUUUGAAGUAGCGAAAUGCAAGUGGUUAAGAGAGAUAAUAUUCAUGGAGGAUAUAGAAGAAGAUAUGAUAGACCAGAUUUUCCCUAAACUAGAACAUUUGGAGUUGAAAGGCCUUCCCGAACUCACAAGAUUUUGCCAUGGAAGUCACUGUGAAUUCCCCUUGUUGAAAGAGCUUAUUAUAGGGAAUUGUCCUACAUUUGAGACUUUCAUCUCCAAGUCUACCUUGGUAAACGAAAUUCAUUUUAUCCCUUCGAAGUGGCCAUCAUUAGAGAGAAUGAAGGUAUAUGGAUGUGACAAGGUGGAGAUAUUUGCUUCAGAAAAUCUUUUGAGCUUCAUAGAAUCAACAAAUCAACAACCCUUAUUUUGGGUCAAUGAGGUUACAUUCCCUAAUCUAGAAGAAUUAACAUUGGAGGGAAAUGGCAUUAUGAAAGAGAUAUGGCAUGGACAACUUAGAGCAGAGUGUGAUGAAGGGAAACGAUGCAUUGUUUUUACCCGACUCAAGUAUUUGAAAUUAAGUUGUCUACCAACUCUGGCUAGCUUCUGCUUAGGGGAUCAAAUCUUUGAAUUCCCUGCCCUAGAGAAUAUGAUUGUGACAGCAUGCCCAAAGAUGAAGAUUUUUUGCCAAGGAGAUUUAAGCACACCACAACUGCGAANAAUGGGUUUUUGUUUAGGCUUUUUUCAUCAUAAAUACUACAAUGUUGGAUACAGCAAUUUGAGACUCUCUGAUACUUCUGAGUUGAUGAAAAUAUGGAGCGGAAAUCCUCAAGAAAUUUUACCUUUCAAAUAUCUUGAAUUUUUAGAAGUUCAUGAUUGUAGCAGCUUGAGGUGGGUUUUUACACAUCCCACGGCUUUGAGCCUACCACGUCUCCGUGUGCUGAGUGUAAAAAAUUGCAUUGUGAUGGAACAUAUCAUCAAAGAGGAAGGACCAGAUGAACAAGUGGCAAGUUUCUAUCAAGGAAACAAAAUACUCGAAUUUCCAUCUUUGGAAGAACUUGAAGUGGUUGGUUGUCCCCAAAUGUUUGCAUUUGCAUCUGCAUUUUCAAGAGAGCAAAGAAUAGAAACGAUUGAUGAUAUUGAUGGAGGAAAUACAACAUGGGUUUCCAAGGGAAUUGUUGAUACUGCCUUUUUCGAUAACACGGUGGCAUUCCCUCGUUUAUAUUUUUUGCGUAUCGAAGGCCUGGGGCAAUUGAGGAAAAUAUGGGAUGAUAAGGUCGCUAUGAAUUCAUUUUGUAAUCUGGGUGACAUUACAGUGAAUGACUGGGAAAGACUUUCAAAUAUUUUUCCAUUUAACAUGAUGGAAAGACUUCAGAAACUAUAUUCACUGAAGAUAGUGAACUGUGAUUCAUUAGAAGAAAUAAUUGGACCUCAAGGACUCAAUUCCAAUGAAUCACAUGCAGUAACAGCCACUGAAUUAAGGCUGUCAGAACUUCCUGAGCUCACACAUCUCUCCAAAGAAGAAAUUCCACUUGGAGAAGUAGUUUUCAACAACUUAGUAUAUUUAGAAGUGUCGAGAUGUGGUAAACUAAAGAAUUUAGUGCCAUCUUCGACAUCUUUCGAAAAUUUGGAAACUCUGAAAGUAUCAGAAUGUCAUGGAUUAAUGAAUUUAGUAGCACUCCCAGUGGCUAAGAGCAUGGUCUUACUUCGAGAAAUGAGGAUUACUGAUUGCCAAAUGUUAGAAGCAACCAUAGCUUCUACAAGUGAUGAAGUGAUGGAUGGCAUUAUUUUCUCUGAUCUACGAACUUUAGAACUUGGUGGUCUUCCGAGCGUAUCAAGGUUCUGCUCAGGGAAUUAUACGCUUGGAUUCCGUUCCUUGGAAAAGGUAAUCAUGAGACAAUGUCCAAAGAUGGAAAUAUUCUCAAAGGGAGAGUUAAGCACACCAAAGCUGCACGGAAUACGAUUGACUGAAGGUGAAUAUGUAGGACUUUGGGAAGGAAACCUUAAUGCCACUAUUCAGCAAUUGUUUAAAAAAAAGAAUGUCCAAAAUUGUGAAGAAGAGACUAAGGUUUCCCUUUCGUCGUCCAAGUUGGAAUAA